AUGGUGGCGAUCUCGAUGUACCGCGGCAACCUCCACCGGGCCGGGGACGACGCUGCGCGCCAGUGGCAGGUGCCGCCACCAACCCUCUCGGCGUCCCGGUUCCGCCGCCUACUCCGCAGCCGCUCCCUCGCCGUUUCCCGCCUCGCGGGGGCUCACCGGCCCAACUCCCCGGGCUCUUCCCGCAACCCCCGCCUGGAUGAAGUCGCCGAGGAGCCCGCCAGAGAGGCGGAAGAGGUAGACGGGGAUCAGCAGGAGGAGGGGCAUGAUGUGCAACCGCAGCAGCUGCAGCAUCAGCAGGAAGAGGAAGGGAAUGAUCUGCAGCAGCAGGAGGUGGAGGAAGAGGAAGAGGGGCAGGAUGAGCAGCAGCAAGGGGAGGACAUGGGAGAAGAGGAGGAGCAGGAGGAGGGGGCGGUGGAGGAUGUGGAGAUGGACGAUGCGGGGGAGGUGGUCGUCGGAGACGGGGAUGCUAGCGGCAAUGGUGAUCCUGAAGAAGGUCAAGGCGAGAGCGAAGGCUUCGACCCCAACCCGGAGGUGAGUUACCAUGAUGGAGUUGAAGAAAGGAAGAGAGAGUUGACUGACAAGCUAGAUACCUUAAGUAAGAAAAAGCACGAUCUUGUGCAGAUGCUGAAGCAGAUUUUAAAUGCUGAAGAAGAAAUCAGAAAGCGUAGCAUACAAGCUUCGUCGCGUGCUGCCAUGCCUCAACCGUCAGAAAACGCGGCUGAUGGAAGCUUUGUUCCUAGACAGGUGCCUAGAAUGACUGUUGAUGUCAAUUUCAGCGAGUUUGCUGGGGAGUCAGAUGCUGGUUCCAACCAGGGCACACCUGGACGCCCCAUGCAUCAUGUUCACAAUAUUUCUCCUUCAACAACCUCGCUUGCUAGGUCUCCAUUUGGUUCUCUCCACCACAAUUCUGGCCACACUCCACGAAGUCCUUUCUCUACAGCAAGUCCAUCUCGCUUCGCAGGUACUGGACAUCACGGGCAUCCUUCAGCAUCACUACCAGGAAGUAACUUUGUAGCCUCGUCGCCUUCCCCUGCUGCAUCCGGUGGCUCUUCCUCUGUAUUCAGAGACUAUCGCCCACCCAAUUCAACAUAAUUCCAAGAAUAGUCAAGUUAGCAUCAGACGCAGCUUGAAGGCAGCGGCGUAUAUGAGAGUCACCGUGAAUAGUUCAAUGUUGCUUGUAUUCCUCCCUGCUUUGUUACUCUGUUGAUGAUAUAAUUAGUAUGUGGAUAGCACCUCCUCGGAGAAUAAGGUCAUGUUGAUGCAUCAGUUUGUAUCUCAAGCAGUGCUAAUGCUACCGAAAGGAAGUCAUGGCCUCCUUGUGCUAAGAUCAAAAUGUGGUAAUGACUAUAAUUAUUAAAAUUAGAACCUAGCUGUUAUUAAUCUAAAGAGGCAUUUGACAAUGUAAAA